GGGAGGGUCCCGCCGCCGGAGGGAGGAGUCCCAAACACACGCUGUGCUGAGCUGCUGGAAAAUUCCACUUAGUGUUUACGCUUUACAUUUACAGCUACACUGUCGAAAACAAGCGUCGAGAUUCCGGUAAGUUAGGCUGCACCCCUCUAUCGCCGGCGGAGACUAAUCUUCGGGAGCAUGGAGCUGGAUCGAAGGCUGCUGCUGGCUCACUGCGCCGCGCACGCCCUCUCCGUUAUAGCGGGACUCCUGGUGGUCGUGCCGCUCGCUCUGAACGGAUCCGCUUUCAAGGGGAGGUGCGCGCUGUUUAGUCAGGGCUUCUGGAGGACGGAGAACCUGACGCUGGGCGAGGGAGAGUCCAGAGAGGUCACUCAUCUGGUGCUGCAGCAGUGGGGUCCGUUAGCGGCGUGCCAGUUCGCCACGUUCGUCGGUGUGUUCACCGUGCUGUACGGCGCUGUUCAGGGCUGGAGGAGCCUGUUCUACCUCCACCGGCGGCACGACGACACGCUCUUCUCUGCCUUCCUCACGCUGCUGCUGAGUCUGUGUGUGCUCUUCCUCUCUGGAGGGGCCAGUGUUACUCUCACCCUGGGCCUGGUGUCCUGGUGCAACACUGUUACGGACCACAACACCAGACCCUACAGUUGUGCUGAGUCUCAGUCUGUUCCUCUAUAUCUGGACGUUGAGACAUCCUCGUUCUACUCUGAGCUCAAUUGUGCACAGAUCUCUCUGUGGUGUGUAACGGCUCUGUGGUUGGCUCACUCUAUUUUGUCCUUCCUGAGGCUCUAUCAUUCUCACAGUCAGCAGUUCAGCAGACCGUGUUUAUCCAGGGAGAAGGAAUUCCUCCUGGGCCAAACUCAAGUGGAGUGUCCCAUUCAUCAUCCACACUCGCAACCUUCACACACUCCCAGUGUUUUAAUUUAGCCAUACAGUGUUCGUAGAAGUUGCACUUUGAGGUUGAUCUAAGGCCAGUUUUACUAAUGGGAAAGACUGGUCCAAGAUUAGCGUAAAAGGGAAUUAACUUCUAAUCUAAACUGACAAUCCCCACAGUUCUCAUGCAUGUUACACCUCAGAAAUUGGAAUUAGUCUUGGUUUCAUCUUUUCGUUACUUUUUAUGCAUUUGUUAAGAAGUUUUUGUCAUGUAGCUUAGUGCUUACAUUGAGGUAAAGUGUAAGCACUUAUAACAUUUAUAACUUAUCAAAUAUGUGACCCUGGAUCACAAAACUAGUCUUAAAUCGAUGGGUUAUAUUUGUAGCAAUAGCAAAAAAUACAUUGUAAG